UAUGAGAGGCAUAGCUAGAGUAGAUUAUCAAAGGGAAAUGUCAAACACAAGAGACUAUAGGUUUAAACUGAAGGGCGGAGCGUUUGAAGUAGAUUCAGGAGACGAAGAUUCUAUUACAGAGCGCCUUUCAUGUUCCUGUAACAUGCUGCGAACGGGUGCGAUUGAAAACUGAUGUGAAGGAAAUGCUGACCAAACAAUUCUACAGUUGAAUGAACAGGCAGAGAAUCAAGGAUAUCGAUCUCUCGCAGGCAAAUGGCAUUCGGUUUGCUUGAAAUUGUUUGGAGCAGACAUCGUGGGCCGAAGGGGUUUUUCCUGUGUUGGAAUGUUCGAUAUUUUGAUCAUGAUCAAAUACAAAUUUGUCCACAUCAUCGACUGGGUAAUUAAGGCCCCAAUUAGCAAUGAAAGGCCGCCCCGGGAAUUGUCAAACUGACCCGUCAGAAAGCAUGAAGUUAAGGCUGGUGAAUGGGGGUAGUCGAUGCGCUGGGAGACUGGAGAUUCAUUACAAGGGCGACUGGGGGACUGUGAAUAGUUACGACUGGGACCUUCCGGAUGCGGCUGUGGUGUGUCGGCAGCUAGAUUGUGGCGCCGCGUUGAAAGCCCCGAUAGGUGCACAUUUUGGGAAAGGGUCCGGACCCGUUGUGACGUGGAAUGUUCACUGCCACGGGAGCGAAGCCGUCCUGCAGGAGUGUGAAUCAUAUCCAUGGGAUCACUAUUGCACUUCACACGACUACGAUGCCGGCGUUAUUUGUGCAGGGUCCAGAUCGCGACUUGUGGGUGGGAAGAACAGAUGCUCAGGCCGGGUGGAAGUUCUACACAGAGACUAGUGGGGAACCCUUUGUGAUGUGUACUUCAGCUUGGAAGAUGCUGCUGUGCUCUGUGAAGAGCUACAGUGCGGUGCAGUAAUCGCAACUCCCGGAGGUGCUUAUUUUGGCGAAGGAACAGGCCUAUAUGGAAGGAGAGAUACCUUUGUCGGGGAAACGAGUCCCGAUUAGCAGAUUGUCCAUUCUCAGACUGGGGUCAGAUUUGUUGUUCACACAGAAACGACGCCGGGAUCGACUGCUCAGAUGCUAGUUGGUCCCUGAGGCUGACCAAUGGGGGAAGCCGCUGCGACGGCCUAGUGGAUUUUUUUUUAUAUAAUAGCAGUUGGAGAAGAGUGCAGGAUAACUUUUGGAACAUUAAUGAUUCCAACAUGGUCUGUGGAGAGCUGGGUUGCGGCUUCGCCAUAUCCGCCUACAACUACUCAAGGUAUGGAGAGUGUGAACAGCCCGUGUGGGUGAAUGAAGUUCAGUGUGAAUGAAACGAAUCAUAGUUCCGAAAUUGCAAAACAUCAGUGUUCAGUCGGUCUUCUUCUGACAGCAUCGGCGUUGGUGUCAUGUAUUCAGGUCCGCUCAAACAGUCAAAACCCCUUUUGCAGAAUUUUCGUUUUAUUUCCCCACAAUUACCACCGCACCCAUGCCCCGCAGACUACAAAACACAUUUGUAUUUGAGGCAACGUGCAGCGGAGGACAAGAUUGGGAAAUGAAGGAUUUCUUGUUCAACUUUAUUCAUCUUGCAAAUGUUGAAAUAGCAGGGUGAGGCGAAUCCAUGUCAGUGGUCCUUCUAACCUGUGAAAGGGUGAUUUAAGUUGUCAAUAUUGAAGCACAGUAAAUCUCCGAACAUGGCUGUACUCGGGAUUGCGGCUUGUUCCAGGGUGAGACAGGCGGAAUUUUGGAUAAUGUGAGGCUGCAGGAUGGCAGACAAAAAAAAACUUCCAGUUGUUCAAGUCGGACCUGGUGGAUACAAGAACAGUGUUUCAACAGCUUACCUUCCAAGAAGCGAGGAAAAUUAAGCGAUGUUACGGAAGUCAGGAAUUAUUUUUGCGCUGAACCAUUUGGGGUUGGA